CGAGGAUGUCCUUAGUUGCUCCCACCGGCCCCAGCUGCUCCCACCGGCCCCAGCUGCUCCCACCGGCCCCAGUUGUUGCUCCCGGUACUUUCACUGUCCCAGCAGCUCCCAGUGCCCCCCCUCCCCCACUCGGGCCUUAUCCGAGUGCACAGCCCAGGUCCCCCGGGACAGGACUCCCCCGGCAUCCCAGGGAUCUCCCUCCGCAGUGGGACCCCCCCCUAGCCCCACUCUCCCCUUCCCAGGCCCUGCCGGUGGGGAAAGGGGCGGGGGGGGGGGGGGGUUGGCUGCGGAGCUCUGGCCCACGGGGCCCAGGCGGGACACGCGGCGGUGGGGGGCUUGCCAGGGCCCCCGGGCAUGCUCCGGUCCGUGCCCCGGGGUCAUGCUCCUCCCGGGGGCACGGGCCCCCCGACCCAUGCGUUGCAGGAGGAAGAUGUGCCCAGGCGCCGGCAGCUGCAGCGGCGGCAGAGCUUCGUCUUGGUCAAAGGGGCCGCCCUGCUGCUGCCGGCCGAGGAGCCCCCCCCAGCUGAACCCCCUCCAGCUGAGCCCCCGCCCGCCGAGCCCCCCCCGGGCAAACCCCCCAGCCAGGGCCCGGGACAGCAGGAGCAACAUCUGCAGCUGAUGAUGCAGCUGCUGCGCCCACAGGAUGCCAUUCGGCUGGCAGUGCGGCUGGAGUCGGCGCGGGCACGGCGGGUGCGGUACCUGCUGGUGGUGCGGCCCGAGGAGACAGGAGCCGAGGGGCAGACGGUGCUGCUGGGGGUGGACUUUGCCCAUGAGGGAGCCGCCUGCUGCACCCUGGGCAUGGUGCUGCCCCUCUGGAGUGACACACAGGUCUUCCUCGAUGGCGAUGGGGGCUUCAGCGUGACAUCAGGGGGAGAGACCCGCAUCUUCAAACCCAUCUCUGUCCAGACCAUGUGGGCCGUGCUGCAGGAGCUGCACCGCGCCUGCGAGGACGCGUCCCGCGGCGGGCACAUCCCCGGCGGGCCGGCGCUCGCCUGGGCCGGCGACUACGCGGCGGCCGUGGCGUCGGAGCAGAGCUGCCGGAACGAGUGGCUGGCCAUGGCCGACCUGGAGUCCGUGCGGCCCGCCUCGCCGCCGCAGCGCCGAGCGGCGGGACCGGAGCUGUCGGAGCAGACGGUGCGGGCGCUGCUGCGGGACGUGAUGGCCAGCGCCGACCUGGAGAACGUCACGUCCAAGGAGGUGCGGGAGGAGCUGGAGCGGCGCACGGGACACAGCCUGGCACAGCACAAGGAUUUCAUCGACAACGAGAUGCUGCUGGUGCUGGCGCAGAUGGACCGGCCCUCCCGCAUCUUCCCGCACCUCUACCUGGGCUCCGAGUGGAACGCGGCCAACCUGGAGGAGCUGCAGCAGAACCGAGUCACCCACAUCCUGAACGUGGCACGAGAGAUCGACAACUUCUUCCCGGCGCUGUUCACCUACAUGAACGUGAGGGUGUAUGACGAGGAGACGGCCCAGCUCCUGCCCCACUGGAACGACACCUUCCUCUUCCUCUCCCAUGUCCGGGCCGUCGGGGGCCGAGCGCUGGUGCAUUGCCGCAUGGGGCUGAGCCGCUCGGCGGCCACGGUGCUGGCGUACGCCAUGAAGGAGCUGGGGUGGCCGCUGGAGCGGGCGCUGCGGCACGUCCGGCGCUGCCGCCCCGGCGUCCUGCCCAACCCCGGCUUCAUGCGCCAGCUCGACUUCUACCAGGGCAUCCUGCGCGCCAGCCGGCACAGCAGCCUGUGGGAGCCGAGGCCGACGGCCGAGCCCCGGGACGCUCCCGAGCCCGCCCCCGACGACGAGGGAGGCCCGUCCCCGCCCCUCUCCCCGCUGCCCCUCCAGGAGACCAGCGCGGGGGGGCUGCUGGGGACCUCCCGCCGCCCCCGGAUCUCCCUCUGCGCCGUCAUGCGCAGCAUCAGCCAGCUCGAGCCCCCCGAGGAGCCCCUGGACGGGGAAGUGUUCACAGCCGUGGAGGCAGCGGAGGAGCCGGGGGGUGCAGCCCCAGGGGCACGACCCUCCUCCCGGCCCCGACGGGUGGUCCGACAGGCCAGCCUGGACAGCGGCCCUGAGCCCACUGACAGCCACAUCCCAGCUGCCACCACUUGUGAGCCUGUCCCCCAAUGCCCCUCCACGCCACCGCUCACCCCCUAACCCUGGGGGGGAUCUCCACCACCAUGGCACUGUGGGGCAGUGGUGGGGCUGAGACACUCCACACACUGCCUGCACUUGGGGGGUGGGCUCACCUGCCUCCCUCCCACUGCACACAUGGCCCCACUGCACACACACACACACACACACACACACACACACACACUCCCCCAUCACGCCAGCACUGAGAAUAAAGAGUGGAAAUGGC